AUUGCAAGGCACCGGACCUGGACCUGGGAGUGUUGUGUCGGCGCCAUGGCCAGCCAGUCGCAGGGCAUCCAGCAGCUGCUGCAGGCCGAGAAGAGGGCCGCCGAGAAGGUGUCAGAGGCCCGCAAGCGAAAGAAUCGGAGACUGAAGCAAGCCAAAGAAGAGGCCCAGGCAGAAAUCGAACAGUACCGCCUGCAGAGGGAGAAGGACUUCAAGGCCAAGGAAGCUGCGGCGUUGGGAUCCCACGGCAGCUGCAGCACCGAAGUGGAGAAGGAGACCCAGGAGAAGAUAACCACCCUGCAGAAAUAUUUCCAGCAGAACAGGGAAGAGGUUCUGGAUAACCUCUUGACCUUCAUAUGCGACAUCCAGCCACAGAUCCAUGAAAACUAUCGCACCAAUGGCUAGGCAGAGAAGAGAGCCAGGCCUGUUCCGUGGCUGUCACAUGCGUUCACGGGACACGGUGCUAUAGUAGAGCUUGAGUCUAGCUGUAUGAAAAGGCAUUAAAUUAUUUAUAUGGUGUUAGGUCCCUUCACUUUUCUGAAAGAAUAGCAAACCUCUUCACUUUGUAUAAACUUUUAGCUUUCCAAAGAUUUCCUCUUUUGACCUCAUUUUUCUUAGAAAUUUAGUAUACUUUCCUUUUCUGUGCCUUUUAGCUCAAGCAACAUAUUAAUAUGUGUCUUAGUACUGGAUUUCUUAGAUAUAGUAAAAAAAAAUAUUUUUAAGAAAGGGAUUAAAUUUUUUUUCCCUAAAGCUUUCUUGAAGGUCAGG